UUUCCAUACGAUUUUCGCUUGCAGCAUUUUCAAUUGUGUGGUGCAAGUGGGAAAAAUCAGACAUUGUAAAGCCAAUUAGUUAAGAAAUAAGCGGAUGUUCGAGUUUUCCCGUUGACGCCGUUGUAGUUGUUUUACCUUUGUGCAUCGUUUUUCACGCUUUGAUUUUUCACUUCAGUCGAUUUCCAAACAUUUUUAUACAUUUGUAAAAAUUGAAGUGAGUGAAGUGUUUUAUAAAUAUAUACAAACAAAAUAAAUAAAUUGUAAAAUCAAGAUACACAAUUUAUUAACGAAAAUUCUUAAUACAAAAAAAGAUAAUAAUCAAAUUUGAUGUGUUUUCAAUUCUCGUAAAAGUGAAAAUUUGAAAAAUUGUGCAUAUAUCGCGUGUGUAUAUGUACAUACAAAUUUGGAAAUGUGUUGAGAUUGUGAGGCAAGCAAGAAACGGUGCAUAAUUGUUGAAAGAAAUCUUGUGAUAGAUAUUCUGAAUAUUUUCUGUGGCAAAUAGAAAGUCAAACGUUCUAGCUAAGCAAGAAAAUAGCAAAAACAAUAAAAUUAAUGACAAAUUGCAUAUGGGGACUGUGUGGUACUCACUUAUGACAGCGUUGGCACUGUUGGCGAUGUCGCUUUGAAAUGCCACUAUACAUACAAAAUAUAUAAUAAUAAUUAAAAUUAAAUUAUAAUAAAAAGGGGUGUGAACGCACAGUUGGUUGGCUGUGAAUUUGUCAGACGGCAGCCGCGAAAUCAAGCAGAUAUUCAUCAUACAACAGUGGAAGCUCGCCAGGAAGAGAUAUCACUUUACGCCUGAAUGACUUCAUUGUACACGUGAUUGCAUCAGACACAAAGGAGACCCUUUCACACCCUGCCAAUAGUGUGAAACCCAACGUUGUGUGUUAUUUUACCGCUACGUACAUAGCGUUUGUGUGUUAUUCUAUCCAUUGCCUUCAUUGCGGAGCCUCCGCAUGCAUUUCCCUACACCCCACGUGCCAUGAUGCGUUACUCGGAAAUCUCAAGAGAAUUAUCGGCGGAUAGUUUGCGUUACGUUGAACUGGGUGAGGAGUAUAUCUAUAAAAAUUUACGUGAAGAUUCGCCGCGCAGUGACACUCAUUCCAAUGCUAGCAGCGGUUGCAUGGCGCCACCAACAACAUACACCGCCAACAAUCAUCACCAACACCUUAAACAACAAGAACAGCAACAGUCCCAACAACAACAAUUGAAUUCACAACAGGAGCAACAGCCACAGCAUCACCGCGUCGACUACACUAAUUCGAUGAGCAAUUGCGGCCAACAACACUCAGCCGGCUUACGCAAUUCCAAACGUUAUUCGUGUGGGCGUAACGGUAGUCAUGAUGGCGCCGCAACCAUUUCCUACAUGCGUCCACGCAAGGAUAGCACACGCUCAACGCAGAGUUGUCAAUUCGAUGCCGAGCAGUUGACGCAAGCAAUCGCUAGCAAGACAAUGCAUGUGAAAAGUAGUCGUCGCAAGAAUUCCAUCGGCUGCCUGAAUUCGUUAUCCUCAUCGCCGGGCUCGCCGGGUUGCUACUACUGUGUGGGCACCGCACCACCGCCCGGCAAGAGCCAAAGUCUGCCCGCACGUUCGUCUAUGAACAACUUGGAUGCGGUCAUUUUGAAUGCGCUACGCGUGCCGGCUGAUGAGUUGGCCAAUCAGAUUACGCUCUUGGAUUUUCCCAUCUUCGCUGCCAUACAACCGGACGAGUUGACCAGUUGCGCUUGGACGAAGAAGGACAAACACGUCGUCACACCGAAUAUUGUUGCAUUUACGAAACGUUUCAACCACACCAGCUUUUGGACUGUGCAGGAAAUAUUGAGUGGCGAACAGCCAAAGCAACGUGCCGAAAUACUGACACACUUCAUUAAGGUGUCCAAGAAACUGCACGAACUGAACAAUCUGCAUUCGCUGUUCGCCAUCAUUUCCGCCAUGCAAAGUGCCAGCAUUUUCCGCUUGAAAAAGACUUGGGCUUGUCUCUCCAAAAAGGAUCGGCAAGCAUUUGAACGACUAAGCGAUAUAUUCAGCGAUCAAAAUAAUUGGGAGAAUUUACGUGCCUAUUUGGAGAGUCUACGCCUACCAUGCAUACCCUAUUUGGGUUUAUUCCUGACCGAUCUAAUUUAUAUUGAUUUGGCACAUCCACAUAAGGGCGGUCUCGAACCCGAACAACGCCGCAAUAAAAUGAAUAAUAUUUUGCGCGUUAUCGCCAAUUAUCAACAGUCAGACUACACGCAUAUAAUGCCAAUUGAGGCAACACAAAAGUAUUUGACAUCCAUACGCUAUAUUGAGGAGUUGCAGAACAUCUUCGAAGAGGAUCAAUACAAAAAAUCACUAAAAUUGGAGCCCGCCUCACCGUCCGGUCCGAGUUCAUCGUCUUGCAGCUCGAAGGAGUCUUUCAAUAUAGACGCCAUCACACCGGCGCUGGCUUGCUUGAAUCUCUCACCCGCCAAAACGAUCGGUUCCAUGCGCAUCGCCAACAGUAGCGGCACUAAAUUCAUACCCGGCCAUCGCAAAUGUCGCAGCCUGGGCACGAAAUUUCGCAGCACGAGCUUGCCGCGAAAUUUCUAUCACAAAUGUCAGUGCUCCAUUCUGAUGAUCGCACCCGGUAUUGGCACCAUUUCGAAUAAGCGUUGUAGAUGCAGUCGCAUUUUCGGUAAAAUCACACAUUCGCACAACGACAGCGCCAACUAUGGUAAUCCCACGCUAAUGCUCGGCUACGGCGACGAACACUAUCUGCACGACUACAGUGUGCUCAGCCACCAGCAAGCGCGCCAUCUACUGGACGAUUCGGUGCUGGAGCAGAGCAGUAAUAUGUUGAGUAGCGGCGAUGCCACCUCGAAUGAUAGCGUUGAGGGCGCACUUUGCCACAACAGUGAUUUGGAGCUCAUCUAUGCGCCCACGCUCGAUCCGGAGAACUGUGUGCAAGGUUGUGUGCGUCGGAAGACGGUGCAAAAGGAGGGCCGUAAGCCCGCUGUGGCCUCUUGGCAACGCUAUUGGCUACAGAUUUGGGCUAAUUCGCUCGUGUACUUUCCGCCCAAAUCAUUCAAAGGCAGCGAACGUAGCGACUUCAAGCGCGAACCGUGCAAAGUGUGUCCGCUCGAGGGCUGGUUCGCACAAGUCGUCGAUAAUACUAAGCAUAAAAACUCAUUUGAGCUUUAUCAUCGCACAUUGGGUACAAUCUACAAGUUUCGCACGGAUAGCGCGCAGGCGACACAGCUUUGGACCGCCUCCAUUUGCAAGGUGGCCAUGCAACGCAGUGCACCCAAACCGCUGCCCAUCAAUUUGAUGUCGUUCGAGUGAUUUGAUUUGGCAGACGAACGGGGGUGUGGCAUGCUAAUUGUGCUAAAAUUAAAUUACGGUAAAUGCAACGGGUAGCGGUUACUUUGAAAUGUUACAACGCAGGCGACGCGCUUCAAUGGAUUGCCAAUUUCUGUGGAAUCGUGUUCAGCAUGAAAUCCCCUCUCUAUAUACUCUUCUUGGUGUAGCUUAGUUUACAUACUCAGCGCUUGUUUAAUGUUUGUUGCUUUCAUUUAACUUGUCUACAAAUUACUCGAAACAUAGCAGAAACAGCAAGCCUCAUAUGAAAGUUGGUGAGCAGACAGCACAUCAUUUUACAAACGAGAAUUAAUCCUUUAAAGACUGAUACUUGUCCGCAUAAACGGACGUAACGAACUCAAUGGAGACUCAGUGGAAACUCAACCGAAACUCUUUAUGGAACAAAACGAAAGCAACUUUCUUAUUGUAAGAUUACUUUAAUUUUUUUCUUGCUGAAGAUUUCUGAAAUUGUUUACACGAAAUUCUCAUACAACAAUUUUGUAAGGCAUUUUAACUGUUACUCACACAUACAUUUGUACUUAUUUAAUAAAGCAAGUGCUUGCUAAUGGUACGGAGAGAAAGGUCAAUAGAGGAGAGUGAGGAUUUCAAUAUGUACUUAUGUAUUUUUGAAAGUAAAUAUUUCACAAUUUAUGUGAGUCUACAACUAAUAUGCUGCAGUACAAUUUGAGCUAAUGUGAGAUUAAAAAUAUUUGGUUUUUAAGAACAAUAAUUGUAGCUGAAAAAUUAUAGAAUACUUUAAAUUAAAAAAUUACUGUGUAUGGUCACCGGGAAUAACCGCUAAACUCGAAUUUGAAAACAUUUCGCGUUCAAAUAUUCGCAAACUGCCUUAAAACAUUUUGUUGCCUUAAAAUAAGAAUUUUGCGAGAAAGAGUUGAAUGUGAAUUUGUGCUUUGGCUUUUUGCUUUUGACCAUUGAAUCAAACUUAAAACAAUACGCGGCUUAUUUAAAAACCUCCAAAAUGUGAAUAUAAUGAAAUUUUUGUGGACAAUCUACAGGUUAUAUGUAGUUUUGAAUAGAUUUUGUAACUCUUUGUCAUACAAGUACAUCCACUAGAAUUACAAUUAAUAUGCAGAUUGAAACCUAAGGCCUGCGGUAACUUAACUCACAUUUUUUAUAAGAACUUUAUUUGUUUGUGGCUCGAAAAACUUAUUUCUUAUUUUUGUAUCCUUAAUUAUUUGCGUUGCUUUUAAAACUUAAUUGAAUUAGAUUGAAAUAAAUUCUCUUGAAGUAGCCAUUAUUUGCAAUUGAAAAAUCUAUAAGAAAUCUAUUUUCAACUUAAGUAAUGACUAUUGCGACAUUUCCAACACCACAUAGCUUAUAAAUUAAAAAAAUGUACGCCAUUAACACAAUCUUUGUUACUUUUCCAACAACAUCGUAAAAUAUGUUAAAAAAAAUGUGGAAAUUGUUAAAAUUUGAAGCAAAUUUAUUGAGUAUAAAAUUAUUAUAAUUCGUACUGUAUUUCUCAUUUUCCGCUCUUUUUCUCUCUCCGUUAAUCAGUUAAAAUGCCCAGUAAAAUACAUGUUUAAUGUAGUUAUUAAUUUGCUUACGAUUAACCUAAAAUUAGUCUUACAAUUAAUUAAAUUACGAUUUACUGUUAGUUCAUACAACGACUUAAGAUUUAUAAUCAUACUUUGCCUUAGCGCUUUGCGAAUACUCUCUUUUACAUACAUACUGUAUAAGUAUAUUCUGUAAGCGUUUCAUGUACUAUGUACCACAAAUGUAGCUGUUAAUUACUCCUAUGUAUUAGUUUUAUAUGCAAAAAUCUAAUUGUUAGUU